UUAGCUUUCCUGCAGUGUGAGCUGGGGUAUGGUGUAACCUAACUAGCUAGAGGAUCUGCAGUGGCUGAUUGACAGCCGCAGGACCAGCAGCCUGCAGGUUUUGUAAGGGAGAACACCCAGCUCAGAAACAGUGAUUAGAGCUUUGUCGGGAAUCACUAUAUUCACCCCUGGUAGCUUGUAUUUUUCGGUCUACUAGAUUUGUAAACAACACAGAACAGUUCCUCUUUUGUUUUUAUUAAAGUGAUUCUGCACUGCUGUUUCAGCCCCUCUGCCAGGCAUACAUGUGUGGAAAUGUGAUAUUCUCACUAAAUUAGCUAAUUUUAAGCUGUGUUUCAUGCUUAUCUCCAGACCUUUGUGCAUUAAAUCCUAUCUCCCUUCAUACACAAGUGUGUUUGCUCGUGCUUUCCUGGCUUCUGUGAGAGCUUUAUGUAGGUCAGGCUUAGCUUAAGCAGCUUUCCCGAACCUGCGUCAGCCUAAGCUGGAGGAAUUUUAAUAAGCCCUCCCCUGUAGGCGUGGGCCUAAAUGAGGCUAGCCUAGUUAAGCCUGAUCUUUCUGUUUGUGAAGAGCUGAGCAGAGCUGGAGGCUGCAUGGUGCUUUCCGAAGCGGCCUACUUAAUUCCAAAAGAACAAUGGUAGGAAAGGCUAGGUCUUCCAAUUUUACCUUAUCUGAAAAGCUUGAUUUGCUAAACCUUGUGAAGCCAUAUGUGAAAAUUCUCGAAGAGCACACUAAUAAAAAUUCAGUAAUAGUGGAAAAGAAUAGAUGUUGGGAUGUCAUAGCAGUUAACUAUAAUGCGAUUGGAGUAGACCGCCCUCCUCGCACAGCUCAGGGCCUACGCAGCCUUUACAAAAGGCUCAAAGAGUAUGCCAAACAGGAGCUGUUGCAGCAAAAGGAGGCCCAGUCAGAGUUUAAAAACAAUGUCUCCGAGCCAACCAAGAAAGUUAUGGAGAUGAUCCCCCAGAUCUCCAGCUUCUGCCUGAUAAGAGACAGGAACCACAUGCAAAGCUCAAACUUGGAUGAGGCUGCCCAAGCUGGUACCAGCUCACUGCAGGUGAUGGUGGGUCACCACCCUGUCGCUGUCACUGUGGAGGUAAAGCAAGAAGAGGACAUUAAGCCGUCUCCUCCCCUGGCUUCGAACCCUCAGCUCAGUGACUCUGUAGAGCAAAGAGAAGAGCAGGAAUUAAUGCAUGUUGUGGAAGGAUCCGUGUCUCCGUCUCUUUCUUCUGUUGAUAUGAGGAUGACAUCAUCUCCAUCUUCUAUCCCAAGGAGAGAUGAUGCUUUUCAUCAGGAAAGUGGAGAACACUUUAGGUCUUUGCUAAGAUGUGACCCCCAGGUCCUGCAAAUGUUAAAGGAGGAACAUCAGAUAAUUUUAGAAAAUCAAAGGAAUUUUGGAUUGUAUGUUCAGGAGAAGAGGGAUGGGUUGAAAAGAAGGCAGCGUCUUGAGGAGGAGCUGUUAAGAGCAAAGAUUGAAGUAGAGAAGCUGAAAGCAACUUGCCUACGGCGUGAUCUGCCCGGACACAGUAGUCUCUAAAAAGUUUCCAGGCUUGGGACUUGAUAGCUUUACUUUUGUCAGAGUUAUUUUAAUUUUGGAAUAUGACGAAGCUCAGCACACGUCCUAUAAAAUGUUAAUCUCUCGUAUAAAAAUGCUUUUGACAUGAUUUUCUUCUUUUCUUAGCCUUCCUUUUUUGUUUUCCUGAGACAGGGUUUCUCUGUGUAGCCCUGGCUGUCUUGGAAUUAGCUCUGUGAAACAGACUGCCCUUGAACCUGUUUUUUUUU